UUUUCGCCGACAGAUGUCGUGUUCGCGCCAGAAUAAUCAAGUAGAACACUUUUUACAGGCAAGAUUUUUACGUAAAGUUACUAAGGUAUGCCGGUAUUUUGUGUUCAAGAGACAGUUUUAAACAAAUAAUUGCUCAUUUUCUAUUUUCUGUUUCUUGAUCACUAUGACAAUUCCAAAAUCCAAUGAAACAGACAUUGAUUUUCAUGUUUACAUCAAGCGGCCAUGUUUGUUAAAUUUGAACGAUAUGUUGACGAUUAGGUAUGUAAUUUCACAAUGCUGCGUGGGACAAAACUGAUGUUGUAACUAUAUUCUUGUUUAUAUAAAAAUGUAUACCAUUAGCACAGUUCCAAUGCGAUAAUAACUGGAACUUGCUGAUGCCAGGGAUUCUUGUAGUAUAUUUGGCUAUGAUGCAAGGAAUUCCCCGGCCCUGAUGAGGUACGCUCAGUGCAUCAAAUGAAACAUUAAUAUAUUUACACCAUCUAAUGCAGACGUCCUUGAAUGAACUAUUAAACUUUGUUAUCUUUAAUUACUGGGGUUCUUUUUUCCUUCUGUUUUUCACAUACAUGAAUCAUCAUGUACCAUGAAUGAAAUUAGUAGUCCAGGGUUGCUUUUUUUUUUUUUUUUUUUUUUUAAGAAAAAAGGUUUAGCUUUAGCUACUGGUUUACUCAUUCCUAUAUAUUCCUAGCAGAAUAAACAUUUUGCAUUAAAUUCCCCCUUUCAAGACAAAUUCUAACUGUAAAAUUUGUGAAGAAUAUUUUUUAUUCUCAUAUAUUCUGAAUAAUAGAGGAAUUUAGAUAUAGAUUGAGGGAAGUUAUGUAAAGGAACUUAAUAUGAUUCCCUUUGUUAUGAUCUUGGAUAAUUUUUUAUAUGCAUCAUUGUUUAUUUUCAGCUUGAAGAAUGAUCUGAGACAAUACACCAAAGUGAUGUCAGGGUUUGAAAGAGAAUUUAUAAUACACCUACAGAGUGUUGAUGAGCAUAAUGCAAAUGGUUUACCAAAGAGGAAAGGGAGGAAGGAGCCAAGAAGAAAUGUCUACCAAAGAUUGAAGAGAAAGUAUCGGAAACAAUGGUGGGGAUCUGGUCCUGUGAAAAAGAAGAGCAAAUAUGGCAUGCAGGAUACCAAGGAACAGAAAGAUGACAUUCUUCCAAGUAGAGGGGAAGAAAAUUGGAUGGACAGUGAUCAGGCUUCAUGGUCUCAAUUCAAUUCCAGGUCUCAUGCCUCAAAUUCUUCUGGUGUACAUGAAGGAAGGAAGUAUGAUCCAUCAUUGAUGAACAGUGAAACAUAUUGCAAUGAUUUCCCAAUAGCAGGUAUUGUGCAAGAAUUUUCUGGAAACCGGGACAAUGGCAAUUCUCCUUUCAACAGCAGCAAUAGUUGUGGAUCUCCUGAAGGUUUAACUAGUCAAGAACAAUCUCAGGUUAUGGGGAAACAAGUGAGUGCAUCUUCUGUUACAGAUAAUCAGUCAUGUAGUGAACAAAAUAACAAUUCCCAAAUCAAUGGAUAUACGUGCAAGGAAGACAAACAAUGCACAGAAUCUCAGCUACUUAAAGUGCCUGACUUACCACUGCAGCAAACAUUGUCCACUGAGGUAAUUGUGACAUCGGAGGAAAUGAAAAAUGAUCAGACUGGUGAGAAACAUGAAUAUGAUGAAUGUAAAGACUCAUCUAUGAUACCAAUACAUGAUUCAGUGGUUGUUUCUGAACCAAAGAUCCUUACCUCGUCAGAAGACAGAAAGACUAAUGACAAUCCACACACCAAAUCGAGGUCUACUUCUCGGCGGAAAUCUGUAUCAACUCCAAUUGCAUGGCAGCAGCAAUUCAUGUCAUUCUUGUCAACAGCUCAGGAAGAAGAAUGUUUUCCUUCGGAUGAUCCAGAAUUUGUGUGUCACAUAGAUGUAUCACCAUCUAAAAUCCAAAGGAGGCAAAGAUCUCGCAAUGUUCGAAAUAGCAGUUGCUCCUGUUGCACAGAUGCUGAGAGUCAUGUCAGAAAAGAAAGACAGUCCCGCCAACGAGAGAAAAAACUAUUGCGAGAGCAGAAACGUUUUAUUGAAGACAUGUGUCAUUUGGUAUCGCUCAGAAAUAAAAUAGUGAAACUUGUACAAACGUUAUUACCAGAAAAUCUUAAACACAUAAUUAAAGCGGAAACUGACAGUGUAGAUGAUUUUGUAGAAUUUUUUCUGCACAUUAUCCGUUCAACUAGCAGAGAUAGAGACAUUGAGAACAAAGAAUUCCAGUCUACAGAAAUCGGUUCUCCUAGUCAGUCUCGGAAUGAAGAUGAGUGCAUGGAUGAUGAGAUGCCUGUACUGGAGAAUUGUACCGCUUAUGUGUCCAACAUAUCUUCCCCACCUCCAGUGUCCAAGUUUCAAAGUCUCUCCGAUUCGGGUAUUGUACAGGAUCAGUCUUUCACUUGUGAAGCAACAUGUGAGACAAUUUCUGUCAGUGUUGACUUUUCUGAUGAUCAGAUGAACACUUGUGAAAAUGUGCUGGAUGAGAAUUCGGUUAUUCCAGAUGACUUUCAGUAUCUGGGUACAAAACUGAAUGUGAACUCCAAUGAGUCUCGCACUUCUUGUGAUGCUCUGGAUGGAACUCAUGUGAUCGUUAAGAAUGAAGCUGAGGGGGAAACAAUGCAGGAAAAGAACAUUGCCAGUUUGUGUGAUAAAGAAACAACAUCUGUGAAGCCAGAACCGUCCAUUUGUGACAGCGCCUCCUUUGAUCAUGUAGGAGAGGAGGGGGAUUUAAAAGACACAGAGAGAAACAAAGUUGACAGUGAGGAUAAAACUGAAGUUAAGAGUUCUAGUGAUUCAGCAGGAUUUCAGGACCAAGACCAGCGUGUACUGGACAAGCUCGACAGUGUUCUCCACGACAGUGAGUCAAAACGCAAUCUUUCUUCUAGAUCAGACCCCUUCAUGGAUCUUCUGGCAGAUAAAACUUGUGAUGAAACUUCUGAAAGCAAAUGUGAAUGUGCAAUACAAAAUUCUGCUGCAGAAGUGGACACAUUACUAGAUGAUUUGACUUGUGAUGUGAAGUCUACGACGAUCAGCACGGAUACAGAUCAGUCGUCAGGCAAGCUCGUUGAAGUGUUUGAACCAGCCAUUGUUUUGUGUAAAAAGCCAAAAAAGUGCUUAAAGUUGUUCAUGAAGAAAAUUCACUCCCUCCUCCACAGACUUUUACCAGGGGUUCAUUUUGAGCAUCAUUUCUUUAGGAAUUCCAACAAUCUGGAGUAUUUGUUGGAUGCCAUCAUUCAGAGCAAUCAAGAAGAACUCUCAGUAGAUGUGUAAUUGUACCACAUCAUUUCAUAUAUUCCAUUGUAAAGUUACUCAUUGUUUCAUAUAUGUACCACCUAAAUGUCACAUAAAAAUUUUGUGUUCCUUUCAAUAUCCUCUUUAAUAGCCCAAAAAUGACAAUUGACGUGUUCCCACUAAAUUAAAUAUAUAUGGAAAAAAUAGGAUAGGUAGGAAGUAAAUUAUAAAAAAAAAUUCAGACUGCAGAAAGAGACAAUCUGAUUACAACCUCCUUGCAAGUAUAUUAACAUACUGCACAGGAGGGGCUUAUUUUUCACGAUCAAUUUAGCUACAUAUGCUUUGAUAUCAAUUACCUCUGAAGAAAGUAAAACUGUCUACUCCUAAACUAUGUUUAUUGACUUUAUUCAAUAAUAUUUUGAACAGUUUGUCAAAAACCAUUAAAAAAAGUAUAGGGUAUGGGAUAAUGUACAAUUUAGUGGAAACACAGCAAUUUUUAUUUUAUGUUUUAUUUAUUGACGUGAGGUUUAUUUAUCUGAUGGAAUAUAUGAUUGUUCAGUCUGUCAUGUACAUGUUGGUACUUGCCAAGCCAUGAAAUGGCCACAUUGUUUUUGCGAUGUCUUUCAUUGUACAGUAGUGAAUACUAAAUGGCUUAUGACAUGGUUCAAUCAUGAUUUCGAUUAUGACAUGAUUCAAUCAUUACUAGUGAGAUGUAUUUUUCAUCAGGAUUCUAUGUAUAUUUAUAUUUCAGCAUAAAAAAAACCACACUUUGUAUUAAGUCAUAUUAUCAGUGUGUUUGAAGAAAAGGUCCAAAUCUUUAAUAUUUUCAAUUCUUUAAAAAUUUUUACUGGAAUGUGUUCUUGAUUAGCUAAGUAAUUAUUGUUCAGAUUGAUUUGUGGCAACUCUGAUAUAUUUUCAUCUUUUUAUUAGAGUGUGUAUCUGUAUAGAAGUAUAUAUUUAAAAAAAAAAAAGGGAUUAACGUAAUGAUAAUUUCUACUGAAUGACUGAUAGUCAUGGAGGUGGCAGGUAUUUUCAGACUGAAUUUGUUUACAGAUUCUGAUAUUGUAUUGGCACUUUGUAGUUAGUACAUUCAGGGAUUUUUUUGUGUGUGGGGGGGAGGGGGUGUUUCGAAAUAAGGCCCCAUUCCUAAUGCUAAAAAACAAGUAUUUCUCUCAAUUUUUGCUUUAAAAUUCCCAAACAAUGAAAAAAAAAAAAUCAAACCAGGUUACACUUACCCGGUAAUUGUUCAUAAAUCAUCAAAAAUUCUUGCUUCAAAAUUAUUAUGUAAAUCUAUGUUUUUGGCCUAUGCUUAUUUAAAUGGGGUAAGCUUUGACCUAAAUGUAAAUCAGAAGGAAUUCAAUUAUUCCUUAAUGCACUGAUUUGGUUUUCUGCCUACUUCUUUUAUCCAUAGAACAUUUUUUCCAAUUUCAAGCAAAUGUCGCUAUUUUUCCCAAUUGGAAAGGCUCAGGCCCUUGAAAUCGAGACCUUAAAAAAACUCUGACAUCAUCACCAGAUAAUGUGUCAUCUUGGUUUGUAUCGAUGUAGAUGAUACUUGCACUUUGCAGGAUGAAAAAUCCUUGGUAGUCUGUUUAAAUAUCACCCCAUUUUGUUUUUAAAUAUAUAGGUCUUUUAGAACCUGGCUGAUGUUAAUAAGGUUGUAAAUUGUAAUAUUAAAUUUUUAUUUUAAUUAUUCAAUCCUAAAUUUGCAGUUGAAUCUUUGUAAGUGAAAAAAAAUUAAUGCCUAUUACACACAUGAAGGCCUAUAUUAAGUAAGCUCUAGCCUUUUCUUGUGUACACCCGUAUGGUCUUGAAGUCUUACAAGUCUGUCUUAAGAAUAGAGAGCUGCUUUAUAAUGUGAUAGUGCACAAGACCAUGUUGAUCUGUUCAUUCUUCACCAAUGACGAUCAGACAAUUCGAUGUGACCAAAUGCUGCUCGACUUAUAUAUCAGAUCGCGUACACGUCGGAGUAGAGUUUGUAUAUGAUAUUUCAUGAAUAGGGUGUUAAUAAAAAUCAUUGCUAUUUUUCACAAAUGAUGUUAUUGACAGACAAAGGGACUCUGGCAGACAGGCACACGUCCAGUGAAUCCGACAACACAGCCUGCAAUGUUUUGAAAUUUCAAAAAAGUGAAAAUUAUUGAUCUUGUUUACAAUCUUAUUAGUCAAGCCCAUGGGUGUGUACAUGAGAGCAAUAAAACUAUGUUUUGAGAGUCAAAAGGCAAGUCUUACCGUGUACUAGAAUUAGAAAUAGUUUUUGCAAUAUUUCAAAAUAUUUUCCUUUACAGAUUUUGUCGGAGUUUGCCAAUAAUUUGCAACAUUUCCCACAGUAAAACGUCUUGGAAGAAUACAGUGCUUUACUUUUAGGGGUUUUCAGAUUUAAUCAAUUUUACGAUAAAUUUUGGUGUCUAAGAUUUAGUUUCUAGAGUUUUGUAAUAAAUGGAAGUUAUAUAUAGAUUUCCCUGUACUUGUGCUGAUUGUGUGAAUAUAGUGAUGUUUAUUAAAAACAAGAGGGGGCAAAAUUUACAUUUGCCUGUAAAAUUAUUGACAACAGUAACAUAUUAUAAAUACAGUUUAUGUGAGUAAUGUUUGUAUAAAUACGCACUCUAGCAUUGUGGGUAAAUCCAAAUGGAUUCCCGAAGUCACCAACAAUGUAAGAUAUAAAAGUGACAGAUAUUUUUUUAGUACAUGUGCAUCUCUUUGUUACGUUUGUAUUAUUAUUAUUUUUUUUCAUUGUUGAAAUAAAUUGAUUGUUAAAAAGUAAAA